GGGAUAGGGUGGAGAUGGGGAGACCCGGAGCCAGGUUGCAGGGGUUCCUUCCCAGCUCUGUAUAGGGAGCUGUAGGUGGCGACAUGACCAAGGCUGCUCUGCUGGGAGGUGCACCAGGUCGAUGCAGCGGGCCAGAACCGAGGCGUCAACGGACGAGGCGGGGGCGGGAGAAGGCUUGAGGAAUAACUGGCGAAGCUGGGCCCUGUGGCGAACUUGGGAGCAGUGGUGGGAGGGCCCAGGUGGAAUUCGACGACGCUGGUCAUCCUGGUGCUCUUCGUCCUGCUGGUGGGGGCCCUUGCAGCGGGGCCUGUGGCUGCUUGAAUCCGGCCUCUACCUCCUGCUGUCCCUGGGCCUGUGCCACGCUCUCUUUACCACAGGAUGCCACCUGCUGCGCUCACUCUGGCCCGUAGUGGCCGCGAUGUGGAAGCAUCUACUGCCAGCCCUGCUGCUCAUGGCCUUGAGUGCGCUGCCCGCCCUGCUUUUUGCUGCUUCCUUCCUACUGCUCCUCUCCACCCUAUUCAGCCUGCUGGGGCUGCUGAUCGGCAUGUCCCGGCCUGGACCUGUCAUCAGCCUCAAUACCAGCAUCGACCCUGGCACCAGGCCCAUCUAAGAUAAGAGAUCACCAUCUGCCCCCUAACUGCCCCCAAUCCAGCCUUGGCCUUGAACCCGUCCUCCACCCCAUCCAAUACAAGGGUCGGGCUUUGCCCCCUGCCACCGCCCCUGGCCUGACCUGUCUGCUCUGUCUAGGUUGGAUUCAGGAGUCCCGUCGCUCCCUUUCCUUCAGUUUCCUGCCUACUCUGGCCCAAUCAAACCCAGGAAUGCCCACCCUGCCCAGCCUCUAAGCCCAGGACCUAUGCUGUCUUCCUGGUCUUUUGGGUCUCAGAAGUCUUGACUUGCCUCAGUUCCCACCCAAUAACCCCAUAGCACUUUCACUGAACCCAGGAAUCCAGAGCCCUGAAUUUGAAGUCAGAACACCUUGGUUUAAACCCUCUGUUCCUUACCUGUGUGACUUUGGACAGGUCACUAUAUCUCCCUAGGCCAACCUUAUCAGUGAAAUAAGAAGGUUGGCCUAGGUGAUCUCUAACACCCCUUCCAACUCUUAAGUUGUAUGACACAAUGACCUUUUCCCUUUCCCAUGGUCUCAGCCCAUCUCAAUUCGAUUCAGGAAUUCACACCCCUCAGCUUAUGGUCCAUGGCCUCCCAUCUGAGCUAUACUCAGAAGCCUUAGCCUGGAGGGGCCAGUGAGCUCUGGGUUGGAUGGGAGAAAAGCUAUUGCUGCCAAGGCACCUUCUUCUUCCCAGAGGCAACAGUGAGGGAAAGGGAAGCUUUAAGGAGGCAUAGACAAGAUUCUGGGGCUCUAAGAAAUCUGGACAGAAUUGUGGCAUGCCAUAUCGUGUGCACAGGACCUCCCCAUUUAGAGUGAGAAGUGGCAGCAACACCUUCAGGGCCCAAUCCAGAGCCCAGUCUAGGACCCAACACUGCAGAAUUGAGUGUGAAGGGCUGUGCAUAAUAGCUAGUAUGAGAAAUGGAAUGUGAUGGCCUGGGUAAGAUAGACUGGGAUGGGGAUACAUUGGGUGGGGUGGGGAUGUUGUUUAUGAGGAAUUAGGUGUGAGGGUUUGUAUACAAUGGGAAUGGUCAUGAGGAGCCAAAUUUAAGGAACUGGCAGAACCAAGUGGAAACAUGUCCUCCUCCUGUUUCCUUUUGCCAGCCUCCAGGUUGAGGUUAUCCUCACCUCUAUUUCCUUUCCAUGGCUCUCUCUUCCGUAACUUAAUUCCCAAUGGUCUUCAAUCCCAUAGAUAUUCCAGCUUUUGCCCUCAUAUUCCCAGCCCUAUCUACACCAACUCCAAUGUAAGCUUAAACCUGAGCUCGCUCUCCUGUUGGUUACUGGGGAGAUGGAGGUAACAGAAACAAAGAUAAACACAAGAUGAAAAGGGGUGAACCUGAGCUGGGGAUGGGGGGGCAGGCAGUGAGGAGAGGGGCUAGGAGGGGAAGAUACAUACAUACAGAAUGGCUGGAUAUACCAGAUUUCACUGAGUUGCCCCAGAAAACUGAUUUUAAAAAGGCAGCUCUAAGAGGUACUCCCCCCAUGCAAGAAAAGGGAGGGAGACCCCUAGGUAUUUUCCCCCUAGUGCCUUACAUUUUCUUAGAAAUUUCAAGGUCAUGAUUACUCCAAGGCCCAGCCCUUACCAGAAUAUGUGGUGUUGGCCUUGGCCAUGUGAGAACAAAGAAGUUCCACUUCUCUGUGUGAUUAAACUCUUGGAAGCUAUAAUAAAAUAUAGGAUCAGUGAAUAUAGAAAUAAAUGGUCCCAUAGAGCAGGAUGCUUAUUGGC